AUGUCUUCUACUUCCCUGGAGGAAACCCGCCGCGUGCAGACCGAAGUCGAGACAGCGCUGGCGCUAGUGACUUCGAGCACCACAGACCCGCACGUCGUCCAUUUUCUCCGCCGCGUCUACACCAACGAGUCCACCAACAAUUCUAUCCAUCCUCUCCUCGCCUGGAAACAAUGGAAGAAUAUUACCAAAGAGCAAUAUCUUUCCAUCUUGCCUGCAUUAGCACUAGCAUCGCACAUGCUCACCGAGCCCUUGACAUCCAAUUUCAUCAAUGCGUUGAUCUACUGCCCCACAAGCAUAAAAUUCGACAACCUAGGAAAACCGCGAAAAGCUUUCAAAUGGCUUUGCGAAGAUAUCGAACAACCACUUCGACCUGCCGCGCAGAGGAGAUAUGAAGAAGCGCUGGAGAGGCUAGUUCCUCAUGUUCGUUUAGCGCCUGUGAAAUGGCCACGCAACAUCUGCGCCGUGACAGAACCGAAGAAAGCAAUAGCUGGAUGCGGACCCGGCGUUCAGAGCGAGAUUCAAUUCUCACUGGAACGAGUAAACGAUGUCAACCCCCAAUCCAAAAGUCUAGACUCUUUACUACUAUGCUACCUCGAACUGGUCCAAAUCCUACUACACGAAUUAAUGCACGCCAUCGCUUUCGCGUCCGAUGGCGCGAAAUAUGGUGAGCGAUUCUUUUGCGAUAAUACAUAUGUCGAGAACGGUUUUUCUUGGGAGGAAGCUGUGCUUGGCGGCAUUUUGGAAUUGGAAAAAAGGAAUUCGCGCGAUGUUAUUUUGACUCUGAAAGAUUUGGAUCUGGCUGCGCUGGUCAGUUGCCAUACUGCGAGGAAUAUCAGCUUUCCGGUUACGAGUUGUGAGGGACUGGCUGGGAGGAUUAUAAGGGAGAUUACGACGCAGGAGGUGAUGCAGCGCUUUGAGAGCCUGCUUCAACGGUAG